CGCCGCCUCGCUUUGCUCUGGAUCGCCUGCACCACAGCUGCCGCCGCCGCCGCCGCCACGCACCCGAGAGCCAGUGCUCAACACACCCCUGCUGGAGACACACACACCCGCACACACACUCACACAAAGACACGCACAUACCUGCCCACGCAUCCACUACCCUCCCUCCACCUCAAACCAUUCCCUUCAUCCUCCCUUGCUUAGAGUAGCGAUGAUGGCCACGGGUACGAACUUCUAGCUCGGCGGCGGCAUCUUCAACGCAGCUCAGCGACACUUUCAGCGCCUCCAGCCAGCAUGAGGGGCAGUGUGGCGGCGCUGGCCACCCUGCUGGGCCUGCUGCUGGCCAACGCACGCUCCGCCUUCCUGGUCACCGCCAACGUGGCCACCAAUGAGAUCCUCGAGUCCCCUGUGCAGGAAGACUUCAACCUGCCCCCCUGCCGGAACGGAGCGGCAUGCGGCUACCUACAGGUGAACGCCUUCGGGGUGAGCAGCAGACAGUUUUGUAGCUGCCGCGGGUACGAGGGCGGCGACCGAGGCGGCGUGGCGGCGGGGCGCUGCGGUAUGGCGUGGGACCCCGAGGACGGCCGCUCCGUGACGAUGGGCUCCCUCCAGUACAAGUACUGUGGGUCGCCGCCGCCGCUUCGUGUGUGUGACAGGGAGGAGGCAGCCUACACGGCCGCCUUCCUCUUCCACAAGGCAACGUUCAGCAUGUCGGAGCAACGGCACGUUCUCCACUGUUACUGCCCGCCACCGCUCACCCACGUCCACUCCGAUGUCGAGGAGGACGUCGUGGGCAGCGAGCUGGUCAUGGCCACCAUCUACUCGUGCUCCAGGCUGCCGCCGUGCAUGGAGGGGACCCCGUGCAAGGAGGUCUCGGUAGGCGAAGGGACAGCUUUCGUUUACCCGAAGUGCCGCUGUCCCCGCCAAACCGCCUGCCCCACCCUCACCUCAGCCGCCACCCCACACUCCAACUCAUUCCCCAAGGGCGCCGCCUACUCGGUACACUGCCUCCCCUUUUACUAGAGGCGCCCUCAGGAUGUUGUACACAGAUGGAAGCAGCAGGACAGCGCCCACCACCACCACCACCACCACCACUACAACUACACCCUCCGCCAUGUUUGAAGUUCUUGAUUUGGAUUUUUCUGCUUACGUUCUCGACUUAACCUCGAUGUAUCCAACCAUAUCCAACGCUACUUAUCCCUCCUCCUCCCCCUCCCCUUCCCCCUCCUCCUCCUCCUCCUCCUCCAAUUUCAGGAGUUAUCAAGACAGUCUCAAUCAACAACUGACGUGAUGUUUUGGGUUGUCGCUAAUCAAUUUCUACGUCCCUCUCUGAUUGACGUUUUGCAUAAUCAAUCAAUCAAUCUCUCUCUCUCUCUCUCUCUCUCUCUCUCUCUCUCUCUCUCUCUCUCUCUCUCUCUCUCUCUCUCUCUCUCUCUCUCUCUCUCUCUCUCUCUCUCU